AUGGCACCAACACUCCAACCCCGCCAAGUCGUAGUUACCGACAGUAGCGGAAGCAGCGGCGGAGGCCUCGACACCGGCGCCAUAGUCGGCAUUGUCAUCGGCACCAUCGCGGGCAUCCUCCUGCUCUGGUGGAUCAUCCGCUCCUGCACAAAGCCCAACCGCCGCCCUGACCCCGACAGACAAGGCUGGUACGACGACACUCCCCCUCGCCGGUCUAGGUCCAGGUCUACACACUCUCAUCGACACCACCAUCACCACGGACGCCAUCACAGCAGAAGCCACAGCAGAAGAAGGUCCACUUCUCGUCCUGUUAUACUGGAGAAGCCCGCGAGGGGUUACGCUAUCCCAGUCGCUCCGCAGCAGGCGUAUGUCUACCCCAGUGCGGGCCGGUCGAGGAGCAGGAGUCAGGGGAGAUAUCAUGCUUCUGGGUAUUAA